AUGCCUGUACCCCUUGAUCAGCCCCCAGCCCCUGGCAGCCCUUCUCCUUCUGCUCAAUACCUCUCCCGUGAGCCUCCAGGAAGCCGCUACCCAACCACCGCAGUUGACCUGAAAGACAAAACCGCCCCCCACCUCCCCGCAGACCCCUUGUCAAAUGCCCUGCUCUUUCUGCAGGUGGAUGACGCCUCCUGGAGGCUGGGGACAUCCCAUCAGUCCGUGACCUGGGAUUUCCUUCUGGUGGGACUCUUCAGCCACACGGGGCCACACCUGGUCCUCCUGUCCCUCGUGGUCACCGUGUUCGCCCUGGGCCUCCUGGGCAACACCGCCCGGCUCUGGCUGAUCCACGCGGACUCCAGGCUCCCGGUGCCCAGGUACUUCCUGCUCAGCCAGCUGGCUCUGCUGGACAUUGGAUUUCCGCUGGUCACCGUCCCCAAGAUGGUGGCUGGCUUCCUGCGGGGAGACAGCUCCAUCUCCUCCGCAGGGUGCGCCGCUCAGAUGUUCUUCCUGAUGCUCAUGGGCGUCUCUGAGGGCGUCCUGCUGUCCCUCAGGUCCGAUGACCGCUACGUGGCUGUGUGCCACCCACGGCACGAUGCCGUGCUCAGGAGGCGACAGGUCUGCCUCUCCUGGCUCUCGGGCGUGCUGGUGGCCUCCGUCCAGACCUGUGUGGCCCUGCGCCUGCCCUGCUGCGCCUCACCGGGACAGCGUGGUGUCCCUCUUCUACAGCCUCGUCACCCCACCCUCAGCCCCCUCAUCUGCAGCCUGAGGAACAGGGAGGUGCGCCUGGCCUUGGUGAAGGUCGUGGGCGGGGGCGGCUCCAGGUCACGGAGAUGA